UCUCUAUCUCUCUAGGAUGAGGACGAUGAUGAAGAUGAAGUCUGUCGCUCCGCGUCUCAUGAUGAUGAUGAUGAUGAUGAUGGUGGCUUGUGUCUCCGCUGGUCCUCUUCCUCCUCUAUUCAGAUCGGAUUAUUCCAACGCUACAAAUGUUCCACAGCAGAAACAAGGAAACGUCACCGGAUCGGAUUAUUCCAACGCUACAAAUGUUCCACAGCAGAAACAAGGAAACGUCACCAGACAGGACGACCUUCAGUUUAAUAAAAACAUCACCGGACGGCGGAACCUCUCAUAUGAUUUGAAGCUUACUUUUGCCAGCUCGAUAUGCUUUCUUCCGUCCUGUGCCUUGGCAAACCUCGGCCACUCCCUCCAGACUGGUGAUGAAACCGCGGGCAGCUUCACGAGAGACCCGUUCAGCUACGGGAAGAAAUGACAGCUGAUCGAUCAUCAAUAAUCAGAUUGACAAGGUCACCGGGGUCACGGUCUGACCAUGUGACGUCCUUGUUGUUAAUGAGCUGAAUAAAACUUACUUUAGAUCACA